AUGUCGAUAUUCUCCAUCCGCAACCUGUCCACGACCACGCCCCUGCAGCACGCGGGACACGACGCCUGGGGCCGCGCGCGCAAGGCCCAGCCCUGCACCGUCUCGGCCGAGGUGGCCUUCCACGCGCCCUUUGCGGCGGCGUCGGCGCGCGAUGCUCUGGGCGACGAUACGGUGCAUUAUGGCACGUUGAGUAAGGCGGUGCUGGGGAGUGUGGCGAGGUUUGAGGGAGAGGUGGCGGCGGAGGUGGGGGAGGGGAGUAAGGUUGGGGUCGAGGGGGAAAGGAGUCUGAGGGAUGUGUUGGGGAGGGUGUGGGGGGAUUUGACGGGGUUGGAGCUUGAUGGGCGGGUUCGGGAUGGGGAUGCUACGGCGGCUUUUUUGGAUCUGAACAAGGUGCGGCUGUUGUCCGUUACCGUGGUGCUGCCGAAGGCGUCGCUUCUUGGGGACGGGGUGCGGUUGACGGCGAGCGCAGUGUUCAAUGCUGCCGAACGAGGCGAGAUGGAGGGGAGGGCGAUGGCGUUGGAGGUUAGUCGACUGAAGGUGCCGACGCUGGUUGGGGUGAAUGCGAAUGAGAGGCUGGCGAAACAGUUCGUGAUCGCGACGGUCACGGUCGAGGGGUUUACGAGGGGGGAGGAUGCGUAUACCGAUAUUGAGCGCGACGUUGUGACGGCAAUGGACGCAUCAUCCUUCGAAACGCUUGAGGCUCUGGGCGCUCAUCUAACAGAGGCUGUUCUAGCUUCACGCUGGAGGGAGGACGGCUGGCAGGUCUGUAUUCGGAUGGAGAAGCCCACCGCGGUCCCGAUGGCGGACUGCCCCAUUGUGGAGGUUCGGACAACGUGGGAGUCUCUCGAAAGGCAGAGGGCGCGUCACCACGAAGCCAUAGAGGUCAGCGCAACCAACAUGAUCGGGAAGCAUUUUGGAGAAUGUCUUGCGAACGUAGGAGUCGAUCUCGGCCCGUGCCGCGUCAGUCAGAUCCCCCGUCGCUGGGUCCUCCUCAAGGGCAAACUUGGUCCAGACGACGAGGUGCACGAUUCGCUUAUCGAUACCGUAAGGCCAGUCAUUCCUUAG